AUGGGUCAUAGGGAUAGGAUAAGUAACUUGCCUGAGGAAUUGCUUUUGAAAAUAUUAUCGUCACUGCCUGCGAAAGAUGUAGUAGUCACAAUGGUUUUAGCAAAACGAUGGAAGUGUCUAUGGAUGCUGGUGCCAAGACUUGAAUUCGACCACUCUAUGUAUCAAUACGACGUUCAAGGCAGUAGAUUCUCGCGGUUUGUUUACAGUUCUCUGCUGCUACACGAGGCUCCAUUUCUAGAGAGUUUGCGUCUCAAACUUGAUCGAGGUUCAGAUAUUGGAGUAUGGGUUAAAACUGCUGUUAAACGCUCUGUUCGUGAGUUGGAUAUCGAGAUUGAUAAUCCUUCCAUUGAAAGUCUGGUCAUACUUCCAUGGAGCUUGUAUAGCGCAGGAUGUAGAACGCUUGUGACCUUGAAGCUAAGCCACGUGACUCUUGUGGAUGCUUCUUCUUCCUCGCCAGCUUCGUUCCCAACCUUAAAGAAUCUGAGCCUUUUAUCCAUGAAGUACCCGAGUGAGGAAUUCGUCAACAAGGUUCUAUCCAGUUGUCCUGUUCUUGAGGAGUUGGAUGUUGAGCAGUGUCCUGAUGACAAUGUGACCGCUCUCGUCGUUAAAAUACCAUCUCUAAAGACUUUAUCCUUGCGCAAAUCAAACGACACAGAUGAAGAUGAAGAAGAAGCUUCUGGGUUUUUGAUAGAUGGCUCCUUCUUUGGAGAGCUUUAG